UAGAUAGUCAACAAUGAAAAUGGCGUCGAAUGGAUAAACUCAUAUCUCAUUAGAAGCUAAAAGGUCGGUACAAUAAAAAGUUAUUAAUCGAUUCGGCUGAAAUUUGGUGUGAGAUAAUGGUUAGUGUCUCGUAACAUCCCCUGAAAAUUGCAAGUAUCUACGACUACGGAAACUGUGUGUUUUCAAAACGUUACAGAUAAUUCUUCAGAUGAAAUAUAUGGAUAUGGAAGUCUCCAAUAUAUCAAGAAAUGCUGGUGAUCCUAAAUCACUUCUGAAACGUUUCUAUGAGCUACAAACAGAAAGAGUUCAAACUUAUAAAAUGUUUGAAGAAGGUUUUCAAGCUUAUUUAAAUAGUGCACCAUUGUUCAAUUUUCCAUUGUAUCGCCAACUUGUUCAUGAAAUCACUCAAACAUUUUUGAAAAUCUCCCAAGAAAUAGUUGAAAUUGGAACCAAUUUACAUGAUGUACAUCAUUUACACACAAUAGCCAGUUAUAUAAGUAAAAUACAAGAAAGAGAACAAAGCAAAUUAGACCUGACUGCUGGUUUACAGUUGUCAAGACAACAUAAAAAAGAUCAUCCUGAUGAUGUGAAAUUUCAAACCGAGAUAACUGAAACACAAGCAAAUAUAAUGGAGGUAGAAGAAAACAUUAAUGAAAUUUUAGAAGACAUAAAAUAUGAGUCAGAAGAUUUAUACUUAGAGGAGAAUAGCUGAUGUCCCCCUUCGAAAUCCCGAAAUAAAUAGAUAACACAUUAAAUAAUUGCACAUUUAUCUUUUCCAAAAGUAACAGGCAAUCAAACUGAUUAUCUAUGCUUAGUCUACACUGUUAAAAAUAUUUUGGUUAUACUUAUAUAACCCUAAAAUUACGGGUAGCAAAUGUUGCCCCUUAAUCCUAGGUAAAAUUACAUCUAUUAGUUAUUUAACUUUUUGCUGUAAAUCGACAUAAUGUUAAUUUACAUUUCUUGUAAAAAUACAUUACAAUGUUAAUUUACAUCUUAGGUUAAAAGUACUAAAUAUUGGUAAUUUUACAUACAGGUUACGGGCAACAAAAUAAAAUAGUUUAUAAAACCAUACCACGAAAACGUAAAUCAAAUAUGUAUUUUGACAACCAAUGAAAUAAUUAACAACUGAUUGGUGCCUAAAUUUAAAGUCAAUCAGAUGUUAAAGGAGCUAAAUCACUAAUAUUUGGGACCUAGAAAUUGACCCAAAUGGGUCGCAACGCAUAUAAUAAUGUAAUCUGAUUGUAUAUAAACUGAUUUACAUUCAA